AAAACUCAUCCUUUCUCUAUCUACACAUAACUCCAAAAAAACAUAAAUUUCUCUCUCUCAAAACCACAUAGAAAAAAAGAAGUAGAAAGACAAUCGUUUUGCUCGAGGGUCUCUUCUGUUUGCAUCAAUGGAUGAGAGAGGAAGAAGCUUGAAGAACAACAACAUGGAAGACGAUACGGACCUGAAAAGAGGUCCAUGGACCGCAGAAGAAGAUUGUAAGCUCAUAAAUUACAUUGCUACUAAUGGAGAAGGUCGAUGGAACUCGCUUUCUCGUUGCGCUGGACUCCAACGCACUGGUAAAAGCUGUAGGCUACGGUGGUUGAACUAUCUCCGCCCUGACGUCCGCCGUGGAAACAUUACCCUCGAAGAACAACUCUUGAUCCUCGAACUUCAUUCCCGUUGGGGCAAUCGAUGGUCAAAAAUCGCACAAUAUCUACCAGGAAGAACAGACAAUGAGAUCAAGAACUACUGGAGAACGCGAGUGCAAAAACAUGCAAAACAGCUUAAAUGCGAUGUAAACAGCCAACAAUUCAAAGACACAAUGAAGUACUUGUGGAUGCCUCGGCUCGUCGAGAGGAUCCAAUCUGCCUCAGCGGCAGCCCUAACCACAGGAUCUGCCGCAACGUCAUCUUGCAUCACAACCUCUAACAAUCAAUUCAUGACGUAUGAUUACAACAUGGGACAACAAUCUGGUGUAAUGAACAACAACGAUUAUAUCACCCCGGAAAAUUCCAGCGUGGCGUUGUCUCCGGUGUCAGACUUGACGGAGUACUACAGUGCUCCAAACCCGAACCCAGAAUACUACUCGGGUCAAGUGGGUAAUAGUUAUUACCCUGAUCAGAACUUGGUGGGUCCACAAAUGCUACCGGAGAAUUAUUUCGAUUAUUCUAGGUUACUAGACGAAGAUGUACCGGCUAUGCAGGAGCAGAGUAACCUUAACUGGUUUGAAAAUAUUAAUGGAGCUGCUUCUUCUUCGGACAGUUUAUGGGACAUAGGAGAAAGCGAUGAAGACUUCUGGUUUUUACAGCAGCAACAACAGUUCAACAAUAAUGGCAACUUCUGAAUACAAUUAAAAAAUCGUUAAGUACUUUAUUUAACACGAAAUAUACGUGUGAAAGGCAUUUGUUCAAUUUAAUAAUUAAAGAAAAGUAAUGGGUUUAUAAUAUUAUCUUAGGAUAUAUGAUCAGCUUUUUUAUUAUAAGCUCGAUCAUAUGUCAUGGCGUUUCUAAAAAUCGCUGAAUUUGAUUGGUUUUGUCUGUUUUGGGAUUGUAAUUAUAUUUUGUAGUUUAUUCAUAAAUAUAGAUGCAAUUAUUUUAUAACUUAUUAUAAAAACAAAUACUUAUUC